GUUUCUCUCUCUACUUCCUCGUAUAUCGCCAUCUCUUCCUCUCCUCCAUUUCUUGCUAUCCAAGAAAAUAACGAAGCCGAACAAAAAAACAGCAAACCCUAAUCUCGUCUCUCUGGAAAAUUCUCUCCUCAAAUCUCCCAUACACGUUUCUCUGAUAUCUCCGCGAUCCUUCCAACAAAGCUGCGAUUUUUUUUGUUUCGGAGAAAUUUUCCUGUAAUGGGAAGGAGGAACUCGAAGUGGAAUCCAUGUUUCUGCAUUUCGGAGAUUGCGAUUUCGUUCUUCUUCUUCGUCUUCUUCCUCCUCGCGGUGAUUUCGCCUCGUCAAGUAGUGUGCCAAGAUAAUCCCACGGCGAAUCGCCUGUUUAACCAGUUCGUGUUCGACAAACUGUCCAAUCUCACCGAGGUUUUCGAGGCUGACAUCAAGCGAGAGCUCGGAUUCUGCAUUACCGAUGUGAAACGUGAUUAUAACGAGGCAUUUAAUUUCUCGGCUAAGCCCGAAUUCUUAAACGCCUGUGCUAAAACCACGAAAGGCGACAUGAUGCAGAGAAUUUGCACGGCUGCAGAAGUGAAGAUAUACUUCAAUGGCUUGUUCGAAGGUGGAUCCAAGAGGUCGUCCAAUUACCUGAAGCCGAACAAGAACUGCAAUCUCUCGUCUUGGAUCACAGGUUGCGAGCCCGGAUGGGCAUGCCGAACUGCUAAAGAUCAGAAAGUCGAGCUCAAAGACGACAAGAACGUGCCUGUCAGAACUCAAGUUUGUGCGCCGUGUUGCGAAGGUUUCUUCUGUCCUCGCGGCAUUACUUGCAUGAUACCUUGCCCUUUAGGCGCAUUCUGUCCACUUGCGAAGCUCAACAGAACUACAGGACUAUGCGACCCAUACCAUUACCAGCUUCCGUCAGGACAGCCAAAUCACACGUGCGGUGGAGCAGAUAUUUGGGCUGACAUUACCAGUAGUGGCGAGGUCUUCUGCUCAGCCGGCUCGUUCUGUCCGUCUACUAUCCAAACUCUUCCUUGCACUCGAGGACAUUACUGCAGGGCAGGUUCUACAGCAGAACAAAAAUGUUUUCGGCUGGCGACAUGCAAUCCAAGGUCUGCAAAUCAGAAUAUCACAGCUUAUGGAAUCAUGCUUUUUGCCGGGCUAGGUUUCCUGCUCAUAAUCUUCUACAAUUGCUCUGACCAAGUGCUUGCAACUAGAGAAAGAAGGCAGGCGAAAUCCAGGGAAAAAGCAGUGCAAAGUGUGCGGGACUCACAAACUCGUGAAAAAUGGAAAUCUGCCAAAGACAUUGCAAAGAAACACGCAACCGAGCUGACACAAUCAUUCUCUCGUACAUUUUCUCGAAGGAAAUCCAUGAAACAACCUGAUCUGAUGAGAGGUCUAAGCCAGGCAAAACCUGGAUCAGACGCGGCUCUUCCACCUAUGGCAGGUGGUUCAGACACGAAAAAAGGAAAGAAGAAAGAAAAGAACAACUUAACACAGAUGUUACACGACAUUGAACAAAACCCUGAGAGUGCAGAAGGCUUUAACCUAGAGAUAGGGGACAAAAACAUAAAAAAGAAUGCUCCAAAAGGCAAGGCAUUGCAUACACAGAGUCAGAUGUUCAGGUAUGCAUAUGGCCAAAUCGAAAAGGAAAAGGCUAUGCAGGAGGCAAACAAGAACUUAACUUUCUCCGGGGUCAUCAACAUGGCAAAUGACAUCGAUAUAAGAAAGAGACCGACUAUUGAAGUGGCGUUUAAAGAUUUAACGAUCACCUUAAGAGGGAAAAACAAACAUCUUCUUAGAUGUGUGACUGGAAAAUUAUCUCCUGGACGUGUUUCGGCCGUGAUGGGUCCUUCCGGGGCAGGGAAAACCACCUUCCUUACAGCUUUAACUGGCAAAGCACCAGGUUGCACCAUGAGUGGCAUGAUUCUUAUAAACGGGAAGGUUGAAUCAAUUGAAUCCUACAAAAAAAUCAUAGGUUUUGUGCCACAGGAUGACAUAGUACAUGGGAACUUGACAGUGGAAGAGAACCUAUGGUUCAGUGCAAGAUGCAGGCUCUCUGCAGAUCUCCCGAAGCCGGAAAAGGUUCUAGUCGUCGAAAGGGUCAUUGAAUCACUAGGUCUGCAGCAUGUUCGAGACUCCCUUGUAGGGACAGUGGAAAAGAGAGGAAUCUCUGGAGGCCAGAGGAAACGAGUAAAUGUUGGGCUGGAAAUGGUGAUGGAACCUUCACUUCUGAUAUUAGAUGAACCUACAUCGGGUCUUGACAGCUCAUCUUCUCAAUUACUUCUCAGAGCCCUUCGCCGUGAAGCUCUUGAAGGAGUAAACAUCUGCAUGGUCGUCCACCAACCCAGCUAUACUCUGUUCCGAAUGUUCGAUGAUCUGAUACUGCUGGCAAAGGGUGGAUUGAUAUGUUACCAAGGAUCAGUUAAGAAAGUUGAAGAAUACUUCUCGAGCAUGGGGAUUAAUGUCCCCGAUCGUGUUAACCCUCCUGAUUACUACAUUGAUAUCUUGGAGGGCAUAGUAAAGCCAAGUACAAGUUCGGGAGUGAACUAUAAGCAGCUUCCGGUGAGAUGGAUGCUUCAUAACGGUUAUCCCGUCCCUAUGGACAUGCUAAAGAACGUUGAAGGAAUGCCUGCUUCUGCUGAGAACUCUGCCCAUGGAGGCAGUGUGGGAGCAGCAGAUGGACAAUCUUUCGCAGGGGAGUUCUGGCAGGACGUCAAGGCAAAUGUUGAAAUUAAGAAAGAUCAUUUGCAAAAUAACUUCACCAGUUCUGGUGAUUUAUCCGAAAGGGUAGUACCAGGUGUAUCUCAGCAAUACAGAUAUUUCUUAGGAAGGGUAGGAAAACAAAGACUACGAGAAGCCAGAACGCAAGGUGUAGAUUACCUGAUUCUUUUACUGGCCGGUAUCUGCUUAGGAACGCUUGCCAAAGUGAGCGAUGAAACAUUUGGAGCCAUCGGCUACACAUACACAGUCAUUGCUGUUUCUCUGUUGUGCAAGAUUACUGCUAUGAGAUCCUUCUCUCUGGAUAAACUACAUUACUGGAGAGAAACCAGAGCCGGAAUGAGCAGCCUCGCUUACUUCAUGGCCAAAGAUACAAUUGAUCACUUCAAUACCAUCAUCAAGCCAUUAGUCUAUCUCUCCAUGUUCUACUUCUUCAACAAUCCAAGAUCAACCGUCACAGACAAUUAUGUUGUCCUGAUCUGUCUUGUCUACUGCGUGACUGGCAUAGCGUAUGUCCUGGCCAUAGUUUUCGAGCCUGGUCCAGCUCAACUGUGGUCAGUGUUGCUACCAGUGGUUCUGACUCUGAUUGCAACCCGGAAGAACGAUAACAAAUUCGUAGAUUCGCUUUCAGAUUUUUGCUACACGAAAUGGGCUCUCGAGGCAUUCGUGGUAUCAAACGCUCAAAGAUAUUCAGGAGUUUGGAUAAUCACAAGAUGCGGAUCGUUGAUGGAGAACGGGUACAACAUCAAGAACUUUCCCCGCUGUCUGAUCUUCCUCGUCCUAACCGGUAUUCUCAGCCGUGCUGUUGCAUUCUUUUGUAUGGUAACCUUCCAAAAGAAGUAGAUAUAACUUUCUCUCGAAGAUUUCUUCCCCUUCCACCUGCAAAACCCGGGGGGAAAAAACAUCCAAACACGCAUUUCCCCCCGUCUCACUCCGAGAAGAUAAACCGAGGAAUCGGAGCAAAGGCAUGAACUUUACAAGUGAGAGCUGACACCAUUCUCUCAGGAGAUCAAGCCCGGAUUUUCUGUUCAUAUGUAGUUUCCGUAAGCAGAGUUCUGUAUUCUUUAUGUGUUGUAUAUCUUCCCUUCAUUCUUUUAUAGAUACUGUAGUGGCCAUAGAAGAACACAACUAGCAAAUUUUUUUUCUUUUUUUCUUUCUUUCUUUCUUGGAGGAUUUGAUUUUCUGACCGUAGAUUUCAUAUAUCCUAAGAUUCAAAGGCAAUGAUGAAUUUAUCUUCAGCAUAAACUUGCCAUCUUGUAAUGAAAUCUCUUCUUUGAUUUUUCA